AUGGCAGAUACUCGUCGCGCAGAAUGGUUCCUCUCCAAAGCAUCCCUCCAACCCCCUCCGCGUCUCGGUGGUCUGACCGAACCACCCGCCCAAGAUUUCCUCCCAUUCAGCACUACCAACCGCGACGCAGCCCGCCAGCUCCUCGUACAGCAGAGAACAUCAGAUCCCAACUACAAGCCCCCAGACCGACAAAAGCGACAUCUCUUCCGCUCCAAAGAACAAAAGGCCGAAGCUUGCGAUACUUCACAAUGGAGCUUUACGAAACAUGAAGUCGCCAAAGCCUUCAAUGCACUACUAGCACAGGAGACUCUGCCGCCAGCUGGAGUUGCGCAAGCUCUCUUGUUGCAUACGACGCUUACCUCGUUGGAUGAGCUUUGGGGUCAUUUGAAUGAUGCGCAGUUGGAGAAAAGAAUGAAGAGAAAUAGGAUGAGCGAGAUCUUGAACUUUAAUUCCAACGGCAUGACUUGGUUGGAUACGGUGACGUCUCGCGAUAACUUCAACUAUGUUCACCUGCUGUGCCAAACACAAGUCAGCCAAGGAGUCUUGAACAGAGCGUUUGGCAUGGCCUUGUCCAGAUCAUCUCUUGAGUCCAUGAAGCUUCUGUUGAGCUUUGGGGCAGUGGCAUCGGACUACCAAGAGCUCAUUAGCCAACAUAUACGAGCCAAGAAUCUGGAGAUGGUCAAGCUUCUACUGUCAGCGCCCAACUCGAUGACACCCUCAGAUUGGAAAGCAUACCUCGAACAAGAUUUCGCACGGGCAGAGGCAGGAGAAGCUUUGUCCCUCUCAUUCAUCCUUCUGCUUCUAUCCCAGCGCCCAGAAUUGGUCUCGGAGUCCUUUCUUCUCAGCACACUGAGAUUACAGAGCUACCAGGCAACAGCUGUGAUGUUGGGCUACGCAUACUCCAAUCAGGUCUUCUUCGCUAUUCGUCACCAGGCCUGCGAAAUUAUUUCUCAGUACCAGAACGCCAACCAGAGGCUAGCCUUCUAUACCCUCUUAUCUCAUUCUGGCCUCGUUGGAGACAACUUGGUCACUCGAGAAGAGCUUGUCAAGGAGGUACUCGCUCGUCACUUACCACUUGUCAAACUACUUGUGCAUGCUGGCGUGGCAAUUGAUGUCCCUCCACACAAUGCUUUAAAGUGGGCAGUUUUACAACUAGACUUUGGAAUACUGGAGAUUCUUAGGCAUGGGACCUUGUCCUCGCCGGCAUCCCAAGUCCUGGGCUAUCUGCCCGAUAACAUCCCAGAGCCUGACAUGGUUCAUUUCAUGAACAUGUUUGGAUCUGUGGGUCUGGGAGGACAACAGCUUGACGCAUGCCUUGUUCGCGCUGCGCACAUGAAGCAACAGCACCUUGUCGGUACUCUGCUCCAUUAUGGUGCGUCAGUCGAGGCUGAGGAGGCUGCUGCCAUCCGCGCAGCCAUCAUGUCUACUGACAUGUAUGUGCUCAGCUUGCUUCUACAAGGGCAGUGUGCAUCGGCUAUACUUUCAACGCUCAUUCCUACCGCCAUGGACGUAACGCCAAGAACUAUGAGGCUUGAUGUGAUGCAAUGUCUCAUUAGAAAAGGUGUUGGAAGAGAAUCACUCGGCACCGCUCUACUGCAGCUCAUAUCUGAAGAAGGUGACAACGACUCUGACCUCAUCAAACUUCUUAUCGACAAUGAUGCGCCACUGGACUCUGGCUCAGACCUCGAUAAUUCCCCGCUUGUAAAGGUUAUACAGAAAGGAGAUGUCACCGUCCUCAACAUGCUUUGCGGAACGAAGCCUACAACAGAGGCAUUGGCUGCUGCUCUGCCCUUUGCGUUCAGCACAAUUGCCUCUUUUGGCUACGAUGUUGCGCUUGAGUUAAUGACUCUACUUCUCAAGCAAGGUGCAUCAGGCCUACCAGUACACGAAACAUUCCUCAAGGCAAUGUCAUCAGAUGCACCCAUCGACUUUGUGCAGUUAUUAACAGAGCACGGCGCUGACGUUAACUACUCGUCUGGCCAGGCUUUUGUGAUGGCAAUCGAGAUGGACAAGCCUUCACUCCUAGAGCUGCUAUGUUCUUCAUCUCCGCCAACUCAAGCAACAGUCAAUGCUACUCUACCUAAGCUCAUCGAACCAAAGCAUUACAAUCUCUCCAACAUCGAGCUCUUCUUAAGCGCUGCAUCGCGCGCCACCCCCAAGCCAUCUCUCACCAAUACAUAUGCUCUCAUCAAAGACCACCCACAGCGUGCAGAGCUCUUACCGUGUCUCUUGCGCCAUGGUCUAGACAUCGAUGAGGAAUCUGGCAUGAUUCUCUGCCUCGCAGUUCGAGAACACGACAUGGACCUCAUCAAGUCAAUUCUUGCUCUUGAUCCUAGUAUAGCUACUCUAUCCAACGCCUUCCGCGAGGCGUGUCAAGUCGAGGAUACUGAUAUGAAGCUUGAUCUUAUGGGCCGUCUGCUACAGAAGGCUUCUCCAGCUGAGAUCGGACAAUCCAAGGCACUGUUGCAAGAAACCCAAGCGGCUCUUGACGGAGACAUGGAUGGGCUUUGGCUGCUCCUCGGCCACAAAGCCAACGUCAACUUUAACAACGGCGAAGCUGUUCAAGCAGCGGCUUCGAACAAAGCAGGAUACCCAAUCAUCCUCAACAUGCUCCUCUCAGCCGGCGCCACAGAUGUUACCGUCGAGGAGGCAUUUGACGCUGCCAGCAACGCAGAUACACCAGCAUUCAUCAAGACCGGCAUCUUUGGAAGUCUGUUUGCUUUCAACAAAGAUAUCUCAGUUGACAUUAUAUCUCGAGCUUUUGUCAAAGCCCUCGAAAGUCACCCUGAUGAUGAACAUCUCCCGAACCUGUUACUAGAACAUGGUGCUGGUGCUCAAGUACAGCUCGCCAUGUUAGAGGCUGCGGCUGGAGCCUCUCCAGGUGGCCUAUUUCAGAAGCUUCUGCGAAAGGCCUCCGACGAUAACAUACGCAAUGAGAUCUUCGAGUAUAUCCGGAUGCAAACUACCAUGUCGUCGAUGGAUAGACAUCAAGCCUACGAGACCCUCUUGAAGCAAGGCGUAGCCAAGACGCAGAUCUCUGAGGCUCUCGUAACGUCAAUUAGGAACGAGCCUACCAAUAGGGAAAUUCCUAUGUUGCUCCUCAAUCACGGCGCCCAGGUCAACUAUAAGAACAACGAAGCGUUCGCCGCAGCGUUUCAGUCGCGCAACUUGGAGAUGUUUGAGCUUCUUUGCUGUUACCUUGUGAAAGGCGAACAUGAUGAGGCAGCGAGGCUCGUCUUUGAGCAUCCGUAUCUACGAGAGAAUCCUUGUGUUACAGUUGAACAGAGUGUUCGUGCGAACAUCUACAAGAGUGUUCUAACCUGCAACAUUGAUCCGAAGAGUAUCUACACCACGUUGGUUCACUUCCUUGAUUCACCGGAGUCCAACCUUGCCAUCGUGGAGCUUCUUCUCGAGCAUGGCGUCAAUCCCAAUGAUGAGGAUGGGCACUGUUUCUAUCUCGCGGCACGACACAAAGUGGAAUCUCACUUCCGUGCUCUGUGCAAAUACGCAGACUUGUCUAUUGUACUACCCACGCUUUCACGCCGCAUCGUGAAAGAGUACAAUGUGACGCGGUGGUUCAAGAUCUGUCUUGAGAUGCAGCCUUCUCAAAUUGCGGGGUUGUCAGAUCAGCUUUUGUAUCAGUGCAUACGCAAGUUUCCAAAUGGUACUGAUUGUCUGGAUGUACUUUUGAGUGCCGGCUUGUCGCCGUCUGCGACGAUUAGUUAUCGUCUGCAUAAGAAUUGGGCGGAUGAAGAGAUUUCGUUGCUUAUUUGGUUGUUGGAGCACGGAAGCAAGGCUUUACCAGACUACGUGACACCAGAUUCCAAGAUACCCACCAUCUUUCUCACACUCCUCAACAAGUCACGAGCUCCCAUUCUUGAGGCUUUGCUAAAGCUUGAUGACACCAGCGUUCUCAACCAAACCAUUUCUGGGUCAAAGUUCAGUUCUCUAGCUUCAUACCCGAAGAAGCCCAAACUUGAGUUUACAGCUCUCUUCGAAGACGAAGACGAGAUCCCGCCACGUGAAGCAUCACUCUUUCUUGGCAACCUUGACGCCUUCAAGUUACUCAACAGCACCAUGCUCCCCGAUGACGGCACACUUCAUCUAGCAGCUCUCCUUGCCCUCCCCGAUUUCACAGACUGGCUUCUCUCAACACACGAGCCAAACUACGAGGAAGAAAAUUUUGGCUUCAUGGUUCCGCUGGCACUAACAUGCUACUCCAAACCCUUCCCAUGGUGUAAGGUUGCUAACGAGGAACAAGAGUGGUUUUCUCGUUUAGAGGAGACAAUAAAGAUUUUGAUCCCAAAGACAUUGUCCAGUUGGAGAUAUCGACAGAAGCUUCCGCUGCAUCUUGCACUGGAGAAUGGGAGCCGAGUUACUAUGGCUAUGUUAAAUGUGCUGAAUGCGAGGGGUAUUGGGAAUAGGGAUAAGUAUUUGUAUACUGAUAAGACGGGCAUGCAGUACUCGCCUUGUGAGUAUGUUGAGACGUUUGUAGAAGUUGAAGAUGAGGAAAAGGUGAAGCUGAUUAAGAUUCUUCAGGAGCAUGGCUUGAACUGA